GGCAACACCAAUAGAAUGGCGUCGCAUCAUUUGAUUAAUUAGAAUUUUUGUGUGAAACUAGUGAAAUAAGUUGUGUUUAAGUGCAGUAAUUUAUGUGAGAACCGCCAGGAAUCACGUGAUCAUAGCCAAAAUGUCGAAGCCCCAGAAUGAUGACACUCUGGAGCUAGACGAGAUCCUCAGCCAGCCGGUGAAAGACAAGGAGCGCUUUGCCGCCUUCAUGCUCCGCAAGUUGGCCGAGAACAAGCCUCCGCAGAACGGGAAUCUCUUUGGUAACUUCAAGCUGGACUUUGACUUGGAUUUUGAUGGACCACUAGUCAAGAAGGCCAAAGUGCCAGAAGCUCAGCCUACAGUGCUGCGGGAGUUGCCCAGUGCAACCGGUGCCGCCCCCCCUCAAUCCAAUAAGCCUGUGGACCAGGCAUCCAGUGAGAAUAAGUCACCGCUGUUAACCUCGCCCACUUUGUCGCCCAACCAUCGGCGAUCCUUGCGCCGCAGCGGAAAUGUUCCGGGCUCUGAUAAACUACGUCGACAUGCCAUCCGCCGGCGAUCCCGGAGCUGCGGACGCCAACUGCUCCCGGAGUUCGAGGAGGCUGUCAACCUGACCCGCAGCCUAUCCAGUCCCGUAAACUUUGUCCCCGAAAUCAGCAGCACACCCUGCACAGAUAAACCUAAACAGGAUGAUCUGAAAACUGCGGUAAACCUAUCAGACAAGUCAAAAGAGCCAACUGAAAAACAGGCGGUGCAACCCGAGAAGCCAGCAGAGAAACCUGUGAAAAAGUCACUUCCACCCGAGGUGAAGUCCCCUGCCAGGACUUCCAUUCUCGCCGCUGAAAUUGAACAAAUUUGCAAGGAACGUCAGAAUUCGUUUUACAACAAUGUCCUGCAGCUGGAUUACACUGGUCGAGCACCCUAUUCACGUCCUUCGACCCCGCCUUCACCAUCUGUAGCGGGCUUGCAACGUACCUACACCAUGAAAAAGGGUCCAGCUCCGGGACAGCUGCUGCUUUCGCCUUCAAAUCGCUUUAAAACAAUCAUCAAAUCACCAGUGGUGAAGCUAAAGCGGACGAAUCACGAAGUAACAGUGCCCGACACACCACAACGACCGAACCAUGAGCCUGCCUGGCAAUCACAGCCACAACCGGAGUUCGUGGUGCCGGAAACUCAGCCGCAGGAUUUGGGAGACCUGGUGCAGACUCUGUCGAGGAGUGCCAGCGGCCCAAUUGUGGUGAUAAAUACAGCCAAUCUAAAUCAGAGCGUAAGGCGAAAUUCUGUGCAGGUGGAAACUCCUCGGACAUCUCCGGUGGUCAGGUCAUUUUCCCAACCGGUAUCUUCUGCCGAAAGAUUCACCGCGCCUCCUCCCCCGGAAACGAAAGGUCAAACCUCGCGGGUCGUAGAAAAUUUGGACGCUAUUGUGACCGAUGAUGAAAGUGACGAACAGCCCAGCACUGUGGCAUUGAAUCUAGCCCCGCCAGGCGGCAACACAACUCGCCAGCGACGCUUGCGCAAUAGCAAUCGGGUUCGAGCUACUGCCGAUACUCAGGAGAGUUCCAUGUGCCUGCUUAACCUCCAUCGGUCGGACAAUACCAAGAAGUCCAAGCCCCGUAUGACGACUGUACCGCUGAACAAAGCACCCAGCGCUCCCAUCAAUGGCGAGCAGUUCGCCAACGAACUGGCCCGCAUGAGCAACUACGAGAUUUUGGAUCUGCGCAAGCGUAUAUCGAACGAAGGUGUUCCUUUAAAUGGGCAUAAGCGCCGUUCGGAGAUGCUUAUUCAGCAGGAACUGCUGCGAAGAAAAAUGAUGGACGAGCGUGAUGGAUUGCCCAGAGAACGAUCCACCGAUGAUUCAGAGGAGGAAAAUAUUUCGGUAACCCGAAGAACCCGUAGCAGUAAGCGAGCAGAGAGGGGCCGACCGCGCUCUAAGCGCCGGGAUCCUCCAAUGACAACGGAGCUUAAGAACUAUUUGGGUCUUUCCACCACUAUGGAAACUCGUCGAAAAUUAUCCAAGGAAGGCAAACGAAGUCUUUACACAAAGGGGGACUCCCACGUUGAGGAUUAUGAUUCGCCUUCGCCGGAAAAGAUGCCAAGGCUAAGCAAAAGCAUUCAAAUUGUUCCGCCUCCUCCUGUUUCCCUGCGCUAUUCGAGAUCGAUGCAAAAUCUGCGUCGCAGUACUAGAUUCGAUUUCGACGACAUCGUAAUGGAUGCGCCUCCAGGGUUUCAUAAUACUACAAAUAGUGAGACCAUUCCAAUUGUUCCACCGCCUCCAGAGUAUUUUGUAAAUACACGAAACAGAAGCACAGUUGGACGUAAAAGCCAAAAAGAGAAUCUUGUUGCACCGCCACCGGAGUACGAUGAACAGAGUGAAGAGGAUGAGCAACACCAAAGGUCCCAUGGCAGAGCCAGAUCAUCUCAGCAGGCUAUUGGACGAAAGAAGAAGGAGAACGAAUUGGUUCCACCUCCUAUCGAAUACAUUGAAGAACCGGAGAUCGAAGCAGUUAAGGAACAAAGUUGCAAUGACGAAAUAUCAAAAGGGUCGCAGCUUAGUUUGCAGCCGAGACAGAAUGGACAAAAGAGUAAGAAAGACUCAGUAGUGCCGCCUCCGACUGAAUAUAUAAAUCCAUCGAAAAACGGAGAUGCAAUGGAGCAGGAUCGUAACAAUGAGCCACCAAGAGGAUCGCUGAAAAAUACAAGAAAAACUGCUGAGCACAAUGCGACAAAUCGAAAUACGGAGGACAAACUAGAACCAAUUGAACUACCGGAACCGCCGGAACAUGACAAUGACGAUACCGACAGCGAUAUCGAGCAACCCAGGAGCCUGAGGAGCAUAAGAAAAAAAUGGCACAACCUCAAGCCAAGUGUACAAAAGGCGAAGCAGAACGGAGUGGUUCCACCUCCAAUAGAAAAUAAUGGCACCCCGGAUGAUGUUGAAGACGAGGAACGUGAAGAAGAAGUGAGAAUGUCCCAGGGCAAAGGCAAAGAAUUUCAAAAGAAAAAACUUUCUACAGCAAAGUUGCAACAGGAUGAAGAAGUGCCACUUAGAUUUGAAUGUAUUCAAGGUUCCGAUGAAAAAGCUCAAAAAUCGACAUUGACACCAAGUGCCAGUGAAAUUUCAUCUAUCAAAAAGAAACGUAACAAUCGGAGUGUAUCAAGAAGCAAAGAUGUUGAUCAGCUACCCAAGAGUUUAUCCAGCUCGCAUAAUGAUCGGAGUGUAUCAAGAAACGAAGAUGUUGAUCAGCUACCCAAGAGUUUAUCCAACUCGCAUAAUCUCUCAAAUAAGGGCAAAAGCCCCAACCCAAUUUCUCAAGAGGAAGAGAUUAUCGAGAGAUCGGAACAAAUGGAAACACUGCGCGUAAACACUCCCACUCCUCCGCUAGCUGGAAUCUCAAGGGACCUGAGCAGCAAAAAUCGAACUGUCCACGAGACUUCAUUAGAUGAUGACGAUGUGCCCAGCACGAGUCGAGCGGCUCUGGAAGCUCUGCAUCGUAGUCAACGAUUGUCAAAGAACAAGCCCCAAGAUGUGACGAACGAUGAGGCGAUGUUUAAGAAACCAGUAGCACCGGCCCCUCGUGCGAGAACCAAAAAAGCAAAGUCUGAACUGGACAAGUUGAAGCUGUUGAAGAUUCCGGUGAAUUUGGACGAAACCUCCGGCGUAAGGCGUUCCAAACGUGGUCAUGUGCCACUUCAAAUGAGCUGGUGCCAUACUAUGGAUCCUUGGCAGUUUGACUUCAUGAGUGGCUACAAAGAGCCUGCUAAAAAAAACUCAAAAGGAAAGAAAGCAAAUUUGACUAAAACGAAGAAAUCCAGUACCGCAAAACCGAAGGUAGCCGAACAAGACAACUUAGCAGCUAACCGGGGACCAUUGUGCAGUAGUACACCACGAAAUGCCGAAAGAGGCUCGGAGGCAAUGCCAAAUUCGGAAUCUCUUGGCAUCAGUCCCUUGGCGUGGGAGGAUACGGCCCCAUCAGCGGUGCAAGCAGUGGUUAAAAAGGCGACCAAGAAAAAAGGGAGUUCAAAAAAGAAAGAGGAAGUUGUGCAAACUGAAGUACAGUCGGAGCCCGAUACGGAGCCGGAAGAGGCCAUGCCAUCUAGCGUAACUCGCUUCAGAAACGAUCACGACAUGGACGCGGAGACGGAGCCAGCCCCAGAGCCACAGCCCAUUGAGCCCCCGGCAACUCCUUCCAGAGACGAGCAGGAGGAAGCCUCUAUUCAGCUGAUGCACUGGCUGCGAGGCGUCCGCGAUGGCCAACCCACUCCUGGCAAGUCAGAUGAAAACGCGAGUGUCUCUACUGCGAAUGAAUUGGUAUUCACUCAGGUAGAUGGCAUUGACUACGCUUUUUACAAUACAAAAGAAAAGGCCACCUUGGGAUAUAUGCGAUUCCAGCCUCACCAGACUCGCAACAAGAAGCGCGCAAGAGUCCAUCCUCUGAAAUUCAUUGUGCAGUUUGGCGAGUUUGCCGUGCAGACCCUGGCCGAAGGCGACGACGAGGAGGUGCAUGCAGUUCUACGUGUUGGCGACAUGAUUGAAGUAGAGAAGGGCACCAAAUAUAGUAUUCAAAACGCGAUAGAUGAAGUGGGUGUCCUAUUGGUUAUACGCACGUAAAUUUUGUAUUUUUAAUUUAAAAACUUAGAAGUGAGCUGAGUUAUAUUUUGUACGUUUUCAUUGCGGAAAAGAAAAAUAAAAAGUGUUGUUUUGUUGAAAAUAUCAA